AUGGCUAACCCUAACCCACAAUCAGACAAGCUAGUCUUCUACGCUAGCAUCUUCUUGUACUAACCAAGACUCAAGUAAGAGUUUGCUCUCUACAACCCAUCAAUUCAGCAAUAUGAAUCAUCUUAAAUGCUACCUCAAGGGUCAAGCGCAAAGUUCACAGAAUUCAUGAGCUUGAAUGAUGACCAACAAAGAUAAGCUAUUGGUGAUAAAAACAAAGCUGAAGAGUAUAUCAGAUUAUUCUUUGAGAUCGUUAAGAAGGUUAAAGGUGAGCCAAAGCUUGUUACCUUCGCCUUGAUGCUCAUUGAUGGUAUUCUUGAGGAUAGUAGAACUAGAAUUCAAUAUCUUGUCAGUAUUCAAAGAAGUCACAAGAAAGACAAGAAGGAAGACCUUAUUGGACUACUUAACAGUUUCCUAUGGUAAAACAACCAAGCUGAGCAACACCAAAGAGACCUUGCUUCUCAUAUUCUUGCCAUGCUUAUUGAAGCUCAUGAGUACAAAAACUGCUAAAACGAAGCUAAGUAAUUCUUAAACUGGCUCAUUGAGCAAAAGCAAAAGCCAAAUAUCUCAUUGAACGCUUAUACCUUUGCUCUUAUGUACCUUCUCAAGACCAAUGAACUCGCCAAGGAAUUCGUAGACCAAGGUGGUUUUGAAUUAUUUAGUAACUAUCUUAACUAUGAGUGCAUCAAGUCUUAUCAAAUUGCAUACAAUGUUAUUAAUGCACUUUGGAUCAUCUCUUAUCAUCCAUUCUCAAGCAGAGGCUUUGAAGAUUACAGACUCGAAAUAAUUGAGAGAGUUGCCAAGGUUCUCGAUUACUUCAGUAAGGAAAAGAUUGUUAGAAUCAUCUUAUUGCUACUUGAUAACUUGAAAUAAAACGAUGUUUGCCUUGAAAUCAUGUCAGACAUUAAUGCCAUCUCAAUCAUGACCAAGCUUUAAAACAGACAUUGGGUUGAUAAUGAUAUUCAUGAUCUCCUUGAUAAACUCUUCAACUAUCUUGAUCAGAACUAUAAAGUCUUCUCAUCAAUUGAUAAGUUCAGAAAGGAGGUGCACAAAAAGUCUCUCAGAUGGGGACCAGUUCACACAGAGAAAUUCUGGCAAGAAAACUUUAUCUUCUUCCAUGAGAAGGAGAAUCUCGAUCUUAUUAAGAUCCUUGUUGAGCUUCUAGAGCAUCCUGAUGACCGCGUUAAGGCCAUUGCUUGUUAUGAUCUUGGAGAAUUCGCUCGCUUCUUCCAAUAUGGUAGACAAUAUCUAGACACCCUUAACCUUAAGACCGUCAUCAUUAAGCUCAUGUAAGUCCCCGCUUCAUCUGCUGAACUCAAGAAAGAAGCCAUCACAUGCUAUCAAAAAUUAUUGAUGAACUCAUGGAGUAGCACCGAGUUCAAACAGUGA